AUGCACCCUCCAGUUGGAAGCGGUCAGACAAAAAGUACCAACAUCUGCGCCAACAAGUUACUAGUUUCUGCCAGUAGUCCGAGAUUGUCGGCGGCAUCAGUCGUACUGGCAUCGAAAAAUACCGUCACCAUCGAAAAGCUACCUCUACGAACAAUAAUCGGCUGGAGAAUAACGGUCCAGUGGAUAGCUGGGAACACAGCUUGCAAAGUAUUACAAUUUUUCCGAGCCUUUGGCCUGUACUUGUCGAACAACAUAUUGAUCUGCGUCUCCCUGGACAGGUACUUUGCCGUCCUGCAUCCUUUGCGAGUGAACGACGCCCGCCGGCGGGGGAAAUUCAUGCUGAGCAUAGCCUGGAUUCUCAGCACCGUGUACUCCGUGCCUCAGGCGAUAGUAUUCCACGUGAGGAGGCACCCGGAGGUAAAAAACUUCACGCAGUGCGUGACCUUCGAGUCGUUUCCGUCUGACGCGGUGGAGAACCUCUACAACAUGUGCUCUAUGGCGUGCAUGUACUUCAUACCCCUGGCGACCAUCUGUUGGGUCUAUUCGAAAAUACUCGGCGAAAUAAGCAGCAAGUCGAGGGACAACAAUCCAGUAGCGACCAAGUCGAGCAGCAGCGGGACGCGCGAUGACUCGAGAAGCACCCACGGGAGUAAAAUGCGGCUGAGGCGCUCGGACAUGUCGAGCAUCGAGAGGGCCCGGAGCAGGACGCUCAGGAUGACCAUCAAAAUCGUCAUUGCCUUCAUCUUUUGCUGGACGCCCUACAUCACCAUGUCCCUUUGGUACAUGAUCGAUCGAAAGAGCGCCGAGCGGGUCAACGAGAUGGUCCAAGAGUCCCUGUUCAUCAUGGCCGUGAGCAACUCGUGCGCCAAUCCGCUCGUUUACGGAUGCUACACGAUAGACUUGAAGAAGGAGUGCUGUCGCUGCUUCCUCCCCUGCGUCACCAGGAGAAAGCCCAACCACGACGUCAACCUCAUCCCGAGAAGCCUUGGUUACUACAAUUAUUCAUUUACAAUAUAUUAUGUGCCUAUAUACCCUUAG